CCCUGCCCUGUUGCAAGCGACACGGCAGUAGCAAUGCGACCUAGCAGCUGCCGGCCAUGGCUGGAGUGCUGAUGAUGUCUUCUCGGGACACCUCCCUGAGUUGCUGCUGUUGGUGACUUCCCCCACAUGCUGCUGCAUUCCACCUCCCCAGCCAGCUGUUGCUUACUCCGUGGCCGCGACUCCUGGGGCCUGCCUGGUUCGUAUCAAAACCCGGGAAUCUACCUCGGUGUCACUCCGGCUGCUGGCAUGGCUUCAACAAUGAAACUGCAGCGGCAUGGCGUUGUUUGGCGACUCGAAGGAUUCCUUGAUAUCAACAAGGGCACGAUAAGUAGGAAAAAGACGUUGCCUUUCCGGUUGGCAGAUGUUGAAGAAGGACUACAUGGAACUUGGCAGCACUGCCAUGGACCUCGUUCUGCAGCACCGGACUCCUCGAGCUCCUGCUACUGCCAGCGUCAACACGGAGCAAUAUCUGGUGUCAUCCAGGAGAAGGACGAGGCGAAAAGGAGGCGGACCUGCUGCUGCUCUCCUCCGCCGGCAAUGACGAUGCCAGGGACGGGCUGCCACGACAGGGAGGAUCGAACACAUCAACAUGAUAGUCAGAGCAGUAGGAGUUUGGCAAGGAAUGUGGGGAGAGCUACACUGGUCUGGUGAUGUCCGUGGGGGCGUGUGGAGCAAUGGGAUGGUAGCGAGGUUCCCUCUCACUGACAUCAUCUAGGAAGAGCUUGAUGAAGGUAUCGCCUUGGACAUUCAUGUGAGUUCCCAGGCUGUUCGAUAUUAUGUGUUAAAUUUCCUAACCUAUUGGGUAACACACAAUCAUUAGUAUUUUCAUGCUUCGUAGAAAGAUUUGACAUCUUUAACACAAGAUAAUUCUGAAAUUCACUUUUGAGUUUUGCCCUUACUAACGCACCAGAUUGUUUCGUUUGUUUAUUACUUUCAAUAUUAUAUUAUGAAGCUCGCCGUCUGUUUGGAUCAUUUUUCUUGUGUACUUUAGUAGUUGGCUGCUUACUAGCUGGUCGACGCUUUUACUUUUCUUUGCUUGGGUGCUAUGGACUUGUUUGGAUUAAACAGCCUAAAUAAUUAUUAAUGUCCAGAAAUCUGUUCUUUAAUGUGCUUGUGGAACAUGCAAAGUCAAACCUUGAAUCAUCUGGAAUGUUUCGCUUUGAGACAUAUACUUAUUCUGCACUUCUUCUUUAUUGUGUUGUAACCAUAGUUGUGGAGAAAUGUUAAUUAUCUGCUAUCAAGCAGCUGUGAUUAAGUUUUUGUUAUGAGACGUGUAACAUGUUUCUGAUUAAUACAUUCAUAUCUAUAGAACCUAUAGGUUGCAAGUUAACUCACACAUUGUUGCUGCUUGCCCUACUAAAUGACUAGCUGUAUGAAACAAAUAUAGAAACUCCCGUUCAAGAAUUAGUUAAUUCUUGGGCAUUGCUUGUGUUGUAUGCAUGUUCUCGAGUUCUUGCUGGUCUGAACUCAUUGUGCAUACAUGUUCUACUAAAUCAGAGUUCUUUUUUUGCUAGUCGUGUCUCCCUUUUUGCUGCAAUGGUAAGCUUCGUGUAGUUGUAUUAGCCACUUUGAACCUCAUGACUGCAAUUGUGCAUCUACUGUGAAAUCCCUGAUCCACUAAUUGUUCAUUAUGCAUUGUGUUCCAUCCCUGGCAGUGUUGCUAGGUUGGGUGUGGCCUCCUGAGCCUUGCCCUGUGCUGUUGGUGUUCUGCCUCAGCUGCCCCCUCGGCACCGGCUACUUAGUUGCUUCUCCCCUUUUUGCUGAUAUAUUCAUCAUCGGUUGCGCAACGGUUAGCUUACUGUACCUUGUGAAAACCAUUUUGAAGAUCCGAACCAUGUUAUAUGUAUUUACUGCAUGAACGCGUCUAUCUGGUGCAGCUACCAUCUUAACUCUGUAACGCGUAGUUUGCAAUAUCAUCUACUUAACUAUCGAUGUGUUUCCGCUUGAAGUUAGUAAUGUCAGUCUGUGUGUGGAUCUUCUUGAUUUGCUAUUUGGUUCCAAUCUGGAGGUGUUCAGUCAGUGGGGUGGGAAGUAGAACUAGUUAUUUGCAAUUCCGGUUAAAGACAUUUUCGUUCCAGCAACCUGUCAAAUGGUCACCUAGAUGCUUCUAAAUUCCUAACUAGGUUAAAGAUUAGAACCUAUAUGUCACAGUUUACCAGUUUUGAGAAAAUAAAGCUGCCAAAUGUUGUUUUAUAUAUUUGGUAACAGCAAAACUACAAUAUGCGGGAAAUACGUUUAGCAUGGUCACCUUUUUGAACAGCCUAGCAUUGCAUUUGUAUAUUGUUUCCCAUAUUUCUGCAUGAAAAGGCUGUUGAUGAUUACCUCACAUUAUUGCAAUUGGGCAUCAAAGACCAGGAUGCAUAUUGCCAUUUUCUCUACUUCAUGAAAUCCUUAGAUUAAUUUGUGGCCUGGCCGCCCACCGGAAAUAUGCUGCGCUAUUUGUUGAUCGGUGGGUGGUAUUCAGAAGACCCUGUGUCCCUAUAAUUACUCAGACAUACUGCUAUUUCUGAGUGCUUAAUUAUUUUCGUCUGGUUCCCUGCAGGUAAACUUAUAAACCUAAACUGGCUGGUCAUGGUGUAUGUCGAUCUGUUGUCAUUUACCACUGGUCGGUCAUUUAUCUUCAUGCUGAACAUGUUUUGGUUUUUGCAGUCUACCAUGGAGCGUGUUUGUGCGCUUUCAUCUCACACACUCGACAAUGUGGUUGAACUAGCUCUUCAGCUCUUAGAUAGCCCUUUACUAGGCACAUGAAUCUUUUAGUUUAUUUAUUACUAUCAAGAAUUAAAUUAUGAAGUUUGCUAUCUGCUUGAUCAUUUUUCUUGUGUACUUCAGUAGUUCGCAGCUUACUAGCUGGGCGAUGCUUUUAGUUUUGUUUGCUUGGGUGCUUUCGACUUGUUUGGAGUAAAUAUGUUCUUUAAUGUUGCUUGUGGAACCUGCAAAGCCAAACCUUGAAUCAUUCCGAAGGCUUUGCUAUGAGAUAUAUAUACUUUGUCUGCACUUCUUCUUUAUUGUGUUGUAACCAUAGUUGUGGAGAAAGGUUAAUUAUCUGCUAUCGGCUAGCAGCUGUGAUUCUGUUACGAGACAUAAUAUGUUCCUGAGCUGAUGUCCUUUAAACCUUUGGUGCCAGGAGAUACACACAUAGAUAAGGCUCAUCCAAUGGGCAUAACCUCUGCUUCCUGGGCUCCGGCAAUGGUGCCACAAGGGCAGUUAGAGUAUGUGUAGAAACUUACCUAUGGUGGCUGUAACUAUUUGCAAUGCAGUACUAUUGCUAAGCCACGAUGGAUGGAUUUGUCUCUAACAAAUCAAUGUGAUAGCUGAAGAUCAAGCUGGUCAUAGCCCAUAGACAAGAAUCUGCCGUGCCUUGGUUUAAGAAGAAGGCUGAAGCUGAAUUGGGGAACGUCUUUUGGGUUUUCCAAUGUGUGUGCACACAGCUCCCAAAUAUGUAUCCUCGUUGUAAUUUUACCUUGCUGCCAUAUUGAGUAGGUGAUGUAGUUUUCAGGCUUUGGAAGCAUUAGAUGUAUGUAAAGCUAGUUUUUUUUUGGUGUUGAUGAAUUGAAAACUCUUGAAAUUUUCAUUUGUCAAUGCGACAUUA